AUGUAUGACUACGGAAGCCUGAUGCACUACGGAACAACAAGGAUCUUAUGCUUUAUGCUAAACAAGCACUACAAUUGCAUUGAUGUAUGCAAAGGAUGGGGGACAAAGUGUGAGAAUGAGGGAUUCCCUAAACGUCCUUGCUCGGAAUGCAUAUGUCCGAGCGGGUAUGGUGGAAAAUUGUGCGGGAAGAAGCCGGACGAUUGUGGUAGAGAAGUGGAGGCGACGGACACAUGGAGUAAACUUGUAGACAGUGUAGGCGAAAACACCACUUUCACUGCGCGAGAAGACUUCAAGAAAUGCCAUUAUUGGAUCAAGGGUAUUGGAUUCCUUAGAAACGGUCUAUCUUUAAAGUCAAACAAACUUGCUUAUUUCCCUGGUUCACUUGCCGUCGAUGGAUGCAAAUAUGCCGGCGUUGAAAUCAAAACAGACCCAGACAAGCGUCGCACCGGUUACAGGUUCUGCUCUAAGGACGAUAUUAACACUACGCUCAAUUCGACAUUGAACAUUGUCCCCGUAAUAACCUACAACAGACUCUACUUCACGGAGACAGAGUUGCUUUACCGCGCCAAAAAUACAAGUAUCGAACACCUGGAACUAGACUUGCGAUUCUCUCGUAAAAGAUGUGCGGAUAAAAAUGGUGCUCGGAUGUACAAAGUCGGAGUUUGA